CCAGAUAGUCGACUCUACUUGUGUUGGCCAGUUUGGACUUUUUUUUAUUUCAGUGGACCUUUUAUUGAUCAUAGUUUUUAAUGAUAAAUAAGCUUUUUUAUUGUUUUUAUUAUCCAUGCAGAAUGCUUCUUUGUAACAGUCCACCUUUGUUCACAUAACUGUGUAUGCCUUAAUGAUUGGUUUUACAUUGACAGAAUAAGCAAACAACUUAGUUUACCUUGCAGUUUCACAAGAAAAGGAAACCUAAGUCUCUAUGCAGGUUAAAUAUGUGCAUUGGUUAAUGAUUGUCAAAUUUAGGCGGGUUGUACACGGCAAUGAAGUGUUUAUCUAAUCUUUUCCUGCUUGCCUUGACACUUUUCCUUCUGACGGGAGCCUGAAGUUUCGUUUUCUAGAGGGAUAAAUUUGCCGUGAGUCAUCUGUGCUCUUACUUGACUGAGAAGGAGGUGAAAACAUGGCACCAACACUGUUCGAUCAUGACGCAAAGCCAGGAGAUCUAAUCGAGAUCUACCGUGGGACUUACAAACAUUGGGCCAUCUUCAUUGGAGGAAACGAGGUUGUUCAUUUGAUUCCUGAAACAUCCACAGGUGAUUUGGGAGAUUUCGGUGAGCUGCUGAGUUUCCUAGACAGCAGCACAGCGCGCGUGAGGCGUCAGAGGAUAUGGGAAGUUAUUAAGUCCAGCGAGUUCCACAUCAACAAUUACCUGGAUGAUGAGUACCGGCCUCGUGAGUCUCGUACAAUUGUCAGGGAAGCAUGCAGGUUGGUUGGUCUGGAGCGUCCUUACAACAUCGCAACGUACAACUGUGAACAUUUCGUCACAGAACUGCGAUACGGCAAGCCGGAGUCACGACAAGUUCAAACAGCAGCUGUGAUAGGUGGUGUUGCCACAGCGGGUGUGGCAAUCGCAGUUUUGGGAGCUGCUUUGUUUUCGACCUUUCACAAGCAUGAUAAAAGAAGACGAAAUGAUGAGUGACACCACAGGGGCGACCAAACGGGUCACACCAAAGUGAUUUUCAUUUAAACUUACAACUUUGAAAAAAUUGAAUGUCUGCUUGAUAAGAGCUAUAUUAAGCUUUUUACAAAUGAGAAUACUUUUUUUUUUGUAAGAGCUGCUUAUUCAGAAGAUAGUAAAUGUACCUCUAAAAUGUUUUAUUAUAAUAUUGUCAAGACAAAUAAAUAUACAAUAUUUUUCUUUUGAUGCAAA